AUGGAUAAAAUCGACGACAACGAGACGACCAACGUCGUCGCCACUGUCUCCCAUCACGAUACCAAAGAGGGCAUGUCGACAUCGGCAAAUCAACAGGAACAUGAACUCACGCUCAAGACUGUCUUCAAGCACCACAAGGCGGUCAUUUGGUGGUGCUUCUACUGGGCCAUGUGUGCCAUUGGCUGGGGAUUCGAUGCUCAAAUCAACGGUGCCAUGAUUUCUGUCGCUGCCUUUCGCCGUGACUUCGGAUACGUUGUUGAUGGAGAAGCCAUCCUCCCAGCCGACUGGCAGAGUGCCUUCAACAUGAUCAGCACGGUGGGCCAAUUCUUUGGUGGUUUCAUGUGCAGCUGGCUUGCCGACCGCAUCGGGCGCAAGAACUCGCUCUACGCUGGGAUCGCUAUUUGCACAGGCGGAAUCCUCGGCGAACUUCUAUCGGAUACUCGUGCCGCUUUCUUGGUCUCCAAGCUUGUUUUGGGUGCCGGUCUCGGCUUCUACCUGACUCUUGCACCUCUUGCUUGCAGUGAGCUUGCUCCGGUAGCUCUUCGUGGAUACGCUACAGCUGGCGUCAACUUGGGCAUCGCCUUGGGUCAGCUCCUGUCCAAUGCAGUGGUCAAGGCCUUUGGCGAGUGGACUAGCCGCUGGGCUUACCGUGGGCCUUUCGCCACGCAGCUUUUCUUCGUCGCGUUCCUGCUCGUUUUCCUGCCGUUUGCCCCCGAAACACCAUGGUACCUUGCCCGCAAGAGCAAGAAAGAGGAGGGCCUCAGGGCCAUUCGCAAGCUUUACGGCCCAAACUUCGAUGCUGAGCGCCAGUGGGCAGGACUCGAGGCUACAAUUGAAGAGGAAUCCCGUGAGAAGUCGGCAGAGAAGAGCUUCGUCGACUGCUUCCGUGGUACCAACCGCCUUCGAACCGGCAUUUCGACUGGAGUUUUCCUCUGCCAGCAUCUCGUUGGUAUCAUCUUCGUUCUCGGCUACUCCACCUACUUCUUCCAGCUCGCCGGUCUCGACGUCAGCAAGUCCUUUGAUCUCGGUGUCGGUGUCACGGCUUGUGGUGUCGCUGGCAACAUCACGUCUUGGUUUGUUGUAGAGCGUUUCGGUCGUCGUAUCGUCUUUCUCUCGGGUAUGGGUACCCUUACCGUCCUGCUGAUCUUGAUCGGCAUCAUGGAUGUUGUCCCUGCUUCCGGUGCCGGCUGGGUCCAAGCCGGCGCGACGGUUGUCUACGCCUACGUCUAUUUCCUGACAAUUGGCGCCAUGGCCUUCGCCAUUCUUGGCGAGGCUUCAAGCACGGUGCUUCGCGCAAAGACAAUCUCCCUCGCCACCGCCACUCAGGCCAUCUGUGGUAUCGUCAUGAGCAUUGCUAUUCCCUACAUGGUCAACCCCGACGAGGCCAAUUUGCGCGGCAAAGUUGGCUUCAUCUUCGGCGGUCUCUCCUUGAUCGGCACCGCCGGCGCCUUCUUCUACGUGCCGGAGCUGAAGGGUUUGACUUUUGAUGAGAUUGAUCGUUUGUUUGCUGCGAAGGUACCUCCCCGCCGGAUGGGAGCCAUGGCCGAAGCUGAGCAGGAGUGA